AUGACUUCUUAUUUUGGAGUUGUUGUAGGUAGAACAGUGGGAGUAUUCGGUUCUUUGAAAAAUUGUAUGAGACUGGUGGAUAAGUUUAAGGAUUCGAAGUAUCAGGAGUUCUCCAAUAUUGAAUCUGCAGUAAAAUAUGUCACCGGAAGUACUCAUCCGGCUAAAUUGGUGUUUGUUGAUGGAUCGUACAGAGAUAUCAAUGGGUGCAAAUCUUGUGGAAUUGGAAUUUACUAUGGGUCAAAAGAUGGAAGAAAUCUAAGCAUUUCCUUGAAGAUGGAAGAUACAAGUCAAACAAGUAUGAGAAUGGAACUUUUGGCAAUAUGUAGAGCUUUAAAGAAUGUACAAAGAGAUAGCCUGACUUCCAAAUAUUGUAUACUAUCAGACUCAGCAUCUUCCAUCCACGCAAUAACUGUGAGUGCUCCUUCUUGGGCAAUUCGAGGUUGGUGUAGCAAUAGAAAGAAGCCUAUUCCGAAUAUGCAUCUUAUUAGAGAGUGCUACGGCUAUUAUGAAUUUAUUAAUAAGAAGUACCAGAAAAAUGGUUGGGGGAAAUUGGAUAUAGUCUAUGUCCAGUCACAUUGUGGGAUUGAGGGAAAUAAGGAGGCUGAUUCAUUGGCAUGUCUGGCAGCCAAAAGCAAUCCAAUAUAA